GAUUCGUUUGCUUAUAGAGGAAAGGCUAGUUCCUCCUGUCAUCGCCAGAGCUUUCUUCUCGAUCCUGCGUGUAGAUAAGAACAAAUGAUUCCGGUUCCAGGGCCAUCUCUGCAACCACGUCUACGUUUUAAUGCAACAUCAGCUGAAAGAAAAAACCAUUCGUGUUUCAAGAAACAAGGGUACCAGUCGCAAGAACAUCCAUCACGCUACGCACGAAUCAGGGAGAAGGUGUUGUGCAAGAAACAAAACAAAAGUGGUAUUGUACGUUGAAAAACAAAACUGCCGUAGCUCAAGACCGGUCACCGUCCAAGCCUCUUUAUUCUAGUUGGGAAUGAAACAAGGCAUGAGAAUGUUAUGAUACACAUGAGGAAAUGGGGUAAAAGGAA